AUGAGUCCGGUGCGAGGAAAUAAACCACCUAUUUUCCGUACCUUUCCUCGGAAGCAUAGAAUUCAUGUGCUUGAGGCUCCUGGUGACAUUGAGCCAACUCAUUCCACCGGUGCUGCUGACAGCAGGGCUCCUGCUGAUGCUGAGCCAAAUUCUUCUACCUGUGCUGCUGUCAAUGGGGCUCCUGCUGGUGUUGAGCCAACUACUUCUUCCCAGUGUGCUCCUGACUGUGAGGAUCCUGCAGUCAUUGAGCCAACUCAUUCCACCUGUGCUGCUGACAGCAGGGCUCCUGCUGAUGCUGAGCCAAAUUCUUCCACCUGUGCUGCUGUCAAUGGGGCUCCUGCUGAUGUUGAGCCAACUACUUCUUCCCAGUGUGCUCCUGACUGUGAGGAUCCUGCAGUCAUUGAGCCAACUCAUUCCACCUGUGCUGCUGACAGCAGGGCUCCUGCUGAUGCUGAGCCAAAUUCUUCCACCUGUGCUGCUGUCAAUGGGGCUACUGCUGAUGUUGAGCCAACUACUUCUUCCCAGUGUGCUCCUGACUGUGAGGAUCCUGCAGUCAUUGAGCCAACUCAUUCCAACUGUGCUGCUGACAGCAGGGCUCCUGCUGAUGCUGAGCCAAAUUCUUCCACCUGUGCUAAUGUCAAUGGGGCUCCUGCUGAUGUUGAGCCAACUACUUCUUCCCAGUGUGCUCCUGACUGUGAGGAUCCUGCAGUCAUUGAGCCAACUCAUUCCACCUGUGCUGCUGACAGCAGGGCUCCUGCUGAUGCUGAGCCAAAUUCUUCUACCUGUGCUGCUGUCAAUGGGGCUCCUGCUGGUGUUGAGCCAACUACUUCUUCCCAGUGUGCUCCUGACUGUGAGGAUCCUGCAGUCAUUGAGCCAACUCAUUCCACCUGUGCUGCUGACAGCAGGGCUCCUGCUGAUGCUGAGCCAAAUUCUUCCACCUGUGCUUCUGUCAAUGGGGCUCCUGCUAAUGUUGAGCCAACUACUUCUUCCCAGUGUGCUCCUGACUGUGAGGAUCCUGCAGUCAUUGAGCCAACUCAUUCCACCUGUGAUGCUGACAGCAGGGCUCCUGCUGAUGCUGAGCCAAAUUCUUCCACCUGUGCUUCUGUCAAUGGGGCUCCUGCUGAUGUUGAGCCAACUACUACUUCCCAGUGUGCUCCUGACUGUGAGGAUCCUGCAGUCAUUGAGCCAACUCAUUCCACCUGUGCUGCUGACAGCAGGGCUCCUGCUGAUGCUGAGCCAAAUUCUUCCACCUGUGCUGCUGUCAAUGGGGCUCCUGCUGAUGUUGAGCCAACUACUUCACAACUUGUUCCUGACUGUGGUGCUCCUGCUGAUUUUGAGCCAACUACUUCCCAGUGUGCUCCUGACUGUGAGGAUCCUGCAGUCAUUGAGCCAACUCAUUCCAACUGUGCUGCUGACAGCAGGGCUCCUGCUGAUGCUGAGCCAAAUUCUUCCACCUGUGCUGCUGUCAAUGGGGCUCCUGCUGAUGAUGAGCCAACUACUUCUUCCCAGUGUGCUCCUGACUGUGAGGAUCCUGCAGUCAUUGAGCCAACUCAUUCCACCUGUGCUGCUGACAGCAGGGCUCCUGCUGAUGCUGAGCCAAAUUCUUCCACCUGUGUUGCUGUCAAUGGGGCUACUGCUGAUGUUGAGCCAACUACUUCUUCCCAGUGUGCUCCUGACUGUGAGGAUCCUGCAGUCAUUGAGCCAACUCAUUCCACCUGUGCUGCUGACAGCAGGGCUCCUGCUGAUGCUGAGCCAAAUUCUUCCACCUGUGCUGCUGUCAAUGGGGCUCCUGCUAAUAAUGAGCCAACUACUUCUUCCCAGUGUGCUCCUGACUGUGAGGAUCCUGCAGUCAUUGAGCCAACUCAUUCCACCUGUGCUGCUGACAGCAGGGCUCCUGCUGAUGCUGAGCCAAAUUCUUCCACCUGUGCUGCUGUCAAUGGGGCUACUGCUGAUGUUGAGCCAACUACUUCACAACUUGUUCCUGACAGUGGUGCUCCUGCUGAUGUUGAUCCAACUACUUCCCAGUGUGCUCCUGACUGUGAGGAUCCUGCAGUCAUUGAGCCAACUCAUUCCACCUGUGCUGCUGACAGCAGGGCUCCUGCUCACAUAGAACCAACUCCUUCACAACUUGCUCCUGACAGGGGUGCUCCUGCUGAUGUUGAGCCGACUCAUUCCACCUGUGCUGCUGACUCCAGGAUUCCUGCUGACAUAGAACCAAGUCCUUCACAAUGUGCUCCUGACAGUCCUGCUCCUUCUGAUAUUGGUGAGGAACCCAGUCCUGUUGCUGACCCAGAUGAAGAUAUAGCUGAGGACUUUUAUGACGCUUUAGAGUCAUCUGAUCACACUGGCCAUAGCAGGUCCACUGUCCAGGUACCUGGUUUUCUUUGGGAACCAGAUAUGCUACUGCUGCCGGUAAUGCCCUUGAUGUGGUUUCUUACAUUCCUGUUAUCAACGAUGAUGUGGAUUAGAAAUGGAAUUCGCAAGUGUGCUACGAAGAAAAUGGCCAAGGACCUCCCUCCAAGAGAAAAGAUAAACCCGGUGCGAGGAAAUAAACCACCUAUUUUCCGUACCUUUCCUCGGAAGCAUAGAAUUCAUGUGCUUGAGGCUCCUGGUGACAUUGAGCCAACUGAUUCCACCUGUGCUGCUGACAGCAGGGCUCCUGCUGAUGCUGAGCCAAAUUCUUCCACCUGUGCUGCUGUCAAUGGGGCUCCUGUUGGUGUUGAGCCAACUACUUCUUCCCAGUGUGCUCCUGACUGUGAGGAUCCUGCAGUCAUUGAGCCAACUCAUUCCACCUGUGCUGCUGACAGCAGGGCUCCUGCUGAUGCUGAGCCAAAUUCUUCCACCUGUGCUGCUCUCAAUGGGGCUACUGCUGAUGUUGAGCCAACUACUUCACAACUUGUUCCUGACAGUGGUGCUCCUGCUGAUGUUGAGCCAACUACUUCCCAGUGUGCUCCUGACUGUGAGUAUCCUGCAGUCAUUGAGCCAACUCAUUCCACCUGUGCUGCUGACAGCAGGGCUCCUGCUGGUGCUGAGCCAAAUUGUUCCACCUGUGCUGCUGUCAAUGGGGCUCCUGCUGGUGUUGAGCCAAGUACUUCUUCCCAGUGUGCUCCUUACUGUGAGGAUCCUGCAGUCAUUGAGCCAACUCAUUCCACCUGUGCUGCUGACAGAAGGGCUCCUGCUGAUGCUGAGCCAAAUUCUUCCACCUGUGCUGCUGUCAAUGGGGCUCCUGCUGAUGUUGAGCCAACUACUUCUUCCCAGUGUGCUCCUGACUGUGAGGAUCCUGCAGUCAUUGAGCCAACUCAUUCCACCUGUGCUGCUGACAGAAGGGCUCCUGCUGAUGCUGAGCCAAAUUCUUCCACCUGUGCUGCUGUCAAUGGGGCUCCUGCUGAUGUUGAGCCAACUACUUCACAACUUGUUCCUGACAGCGGUGCUCCUGCUGAUGUUGAGCCAACACUUCCCAGUGUGCUCCUGACUGUGAGGAUCCUGCAGUCAUUGAGCCAACUCAUUCCACCUGUGCUGCUGACAGCAGGGCUCCUGCUGAUGCUGAGCCAAAUUCUUCCACCUGUGCUGCUGUCAAUGGGGCUCCUGCUGCUGAUGAGCCAACUACUUCUUCCCAGUUUGCUCCUGACUGUGAGGAUCCUGCAGUCAUUGAGCCAACUCAUUCCACCUGUGCUGCUGACAGCAGGGCUCCUGCUGAUGCUGAGCCAAAUUCUUCCACCUGUGCUGCUGUCAAUGGGGCUCCUGCUGAUGUUGAGCCAACUACUUCACAACUUGUUCCUGACAGUGGUGCUCCUGCUGAUGUUGAGCCAACUACUUCCCAGUGUGCUCCUGACUGUGAGGAUCCUGCAGUCAUUGAGCCAACUCAUUCCACCUGUGUUGCUGACAGCAGGGCUCCUGCUCACAUAGAACCAACUCCUUCAUAACUUGCUCCUGACAGGGGUGCUCCUGCUGAUGUUGAGCCGACUCAUUCCACCUGUGCUGCUGACACCAGGAUUCCUGCUGGCAUAGAACCAAGUCCUUCACAAUGUGCUCCUGACAGUCCUACUCCUUCUGAUAUUGGUGAGGAACCCAGUCCUGUUGCUGACCCAGAUGAAGAUAUAGCUGAGGAUUUUUAUGACGCUUUAGAGUCAUCUGAUCACACUGGCCAUAGCGGGUCCACUGUCCAGGUACCUGGUUUUCUUUGGGAACCAGAUAUGCUACUACUGCCGGUAAUGCCCUUGAUGUGGUUUCUUACAUUCCUGUUAUCAAUGAUGAUGUGGAUUAGAAAUGGAAUUCCCAAGUGUGCUACGAAGAAAAUGGCCAAGGACCACCCUCCAAGAGAAAAGAUAAACCCGAUGCCGCUGGAGCUGAACACUCCAACACACACUGAUAUAUGAAGACAAAGUGUGUGAGGAGGAAGUUUAUUAUGUAUAUGUAAAUAUAAAAAUUUUAUAUAUAAAUAAAAUGUUUUAU